CGUCCCUUUCUCUUUAACUCGAUGUCACGCUCUUCACUCGGAUUUUAAAGUUGCAUCGUUUAGUACCGGGCCGCGUUCGACGUCCGUAUCUGUCCAUCUCUAUAUGCUGUCGUGUCUCUCCCUCACGGAGCGGGUUGAAAACUCGACGGCUUUGGAGGGUAUAUUCUCGAAGUGGAAACACCUCGUGAUCAGAUACGUGAAUUCGCACGAGUUUCGUUACCCGGCCAGAAAACGUCUGCCGGUGAAAGAUACUUGGAACUCGAGCGUGCAUCACGAUGAACCUCAUACCGUGGAUUUUUUGACUGGCCGUGAUCGGGUUAUUCAGUGGUGCAAGUGCAACGGAGGAGGCUCGUUUACGGGAUCGAAAAAUCGUGUACGACAUUUUUCUGAAAUUCUCAGCCACCGAGAUGUCACGCUGAAAGUGUCCGCGCCAGCAGCAGUCAGAGGAGGUCGAGGAUCUCUGGAAUCAUGCUCAGAUCCUGAUCGCGGAGCAGCACGGGCCCCUCCGGGGUGGAGUGGUGGUGGAGCAGGACACCAAAGACAACUUCCAAGGAACCUAAGACAAUCAAGGUGCGCUAAGCGGAGAGCACGGUCCUGGAGGAGGCUGGAGAAUGAGCAUGUUCAGCAUACUGCGUAGAAAUUGGGCACUUCGCGUGUCGGUGGUGCUCAACAUCUGCGUGUUGCUCUACGUGUGCGCCCACUUCGGCUCCUCCGGGCCCUGGAUCGAGGAACCGCCUACCAAUUGGGCAGCGCCGUUACAGUCGGACACUUUCGGCUCAGUGGAACUCGUGAACGGUACCCAGAAGGGUGCCACAUCCUCGGCGCUGCCUGCCACCAAGGAUGCCUCUGGCAAGGCUGUCCAUGGGGUCAAUUCGACCAGCCUGGCCAGGACCAGGCUGCCGACCACCAAGUCGUCGCUCGAGACUGUCGAUAAUCGUGGCCGGAAUCAAACGGUGAACAGCAGCCUGCCAUCUGCUCGACCAACGAUGAGCCUGAAGGAUGCCAUCCUCUGCAACGAGAAGUCCAUGAAUCCUAGGAGAGCCCAACGGGGCGACUACUGGGUCCUCUACAAUUACGUACCGAUGAGCAUGGCGGUGAGGUGCUGGGAGAGCGUGACCUACACCACUCACGCGGACUACACGUUCCUGGACAAUCUGGAACCGUUGUUAGAGCGAUGGAGGGCGCCGAUAUCGAUUGCGAUGCACGCCCCUGGCACAGACUUCGCGGCGACGCUGGACGCGAUCAAGUACUCGAGAAACUGUGGCAGCACCCUGAUCUCCCAGUUGGUCACCUUCCACGUCUUUUUUAGCAGCAAACACGUGCCAAAAUUGGUACCCCCAAGCGAGAAGGUCGCCUCUGACACGUACAACUGCUCGCUGGGACCGCCAUGGGUGAACGUGACGUUCUCGAAGAUGUACAAGAACGAGAAAAAGCUGCUUUACCCUGUGAACGUUGGCCGCAAUAUAGCCAGGGAGUCAGCCGCUACGUACUACGUGUGUGCCAGCGACAUCGAACUUUAUCCGAGCCCAAACUUGCCCGCUAAGUUCCUCGAGAUGAUCAGAAAGAGAGACCAACCGAGCCUCUACAAGCCCAAUCCAAAAGUUUUUGUACUGUCCAUCUUUGAAGUGGACGAGAAGAGCCAACCGCCGAAUAACAAGACUCAGUUGUCCCAGAUGCUGAAGGCUGGCACGGCUAUCCCUUUCCACAAGAAGCUAUGCUCCAGCUGCCAUAACGUUCCUCGAAGCAAAGAAUGGCAGGAAGCGCCUGAGACCGAGGGCCUCCACGUGUUCCAUGUAGGAAAAAGGACUGGUAGCUUCGUUCACUGGGAGCCAAUCUUCAUAGGGACCAAUCAUGAGCCUCUGUACGACGAGAGGCUCAGCUGGGAGGGGAAAAGCGAUAAAAUGCCACAGGGUUACGCAUUGUGCGUCCUCGACUACGACUUCCUUAUCUUGGACAACGCGUUCCUGAUCCAUCGUCCGGGUAUCAAGAUCUUCAAGAGGGACCCGCACCGGGAGAUGCUGACGUCCAAGACGAACUCUCUGAUAAAGAAGAUAAUCGUUCCGGAAUUGAAAAUUCUUUAUGGAACACGGAAGGGUUGCGCGGUGUAGCCCGCAGAGAUAAGAGCACGGUGCGUGCUCCACAGGUGUCCUUUAGCGAAGUGGCAGCACCUGCGACCAUCUUCGACGUCCAGAAUGUCAGAAGUACAGCGAAACAACAGCAAUGUUCGCGGGAAGCUUCUUUUGAUCAGACGUGGCUUCAGUGGACAGGUUCGUGCCCGUUUAAGUGUCUCCUAUGGCGAGAAGAACCUGUGAAGACAUUUUUAUGAAAAAAAAAAAAAAAACAAAAAAAAUGAUGCCAAUCGACACGGUGCCGAAAAUAGAAAAUUGUUGAUUAGAUUUUCGACGGGGCAAUCUCGCGUUUGAUUCAACUUCUCCUAUGAUCGUUAGUUCCUGCAACGAGUCACAUGUUGUGCGUCAAUCCUUCGUUUCUCGCUGACUAAUUAUUUUCUUCUUAUUCUUCUUAAGCAGUACAAAAGUGUGAUGGCAGCAUAAACAAAAAAUCACAGAGAGACUCGUAAACGUGGUAGCACGUUUAGUUCUCUUCACUGUAAAAGAAUCUUAUUACACGUAUUUUUCACCCGAAAACGCGUUUAGCUAGAAUAAAUUGUACAUAGUAGCGUCGAAAAUGGUGCCUCGUAUAUACAAAAAUGUUGUGGUCCUCGGUGAAUGUGUGCAUUUCUGUCUCGUUCCAUGUUCCCCAUUGCCCUUUGCGUUCAACAGGCAACAGGAGGGAAUGAAAAUUGUGUUAAAGAAGCAUACAAGUAUGCAGAUACAUGCCAAAAAAGUACACUGCUCAAGUUAAUUAAGCGAUCUUGUAUUUGGAAUGCACAUUUGAAUAUCAGGAGUAAUUUUAUACUCGUAGGAUUUUUAACAUUUAGUUGAUCAUCUCGGUUAGAUAAAGCGAUCAUCUAAUUAUUUUGAACAGUGUAUGUCACAGUAAACGGAGACUCUAUGCUUCCUGUUUCGAUGGAAAGAAAAUAAAUGUUUUUAAUUUAUUUAUGAUUCUUACAUGUACAGAGGCAUAGAGCUUUGUGCGGUUCACUAUGAUCCAAAUGACUGAAGUCAUCAUUUUCUUUUCUUUUUUUUAUCAUUAAAGGAUAAAUAAUAUUAAGUGAUUUGGUUAUAAACAAAACAAAUGUAAAACCAAAUGAAGCUAUAAGAUAAUAUGUAUAAAAUGUAAAGGCAAUGUUUUGUUAUACAAACAUAGCAAUCACAUUUAAGUCAACUAUGUAACAUUUUCAGCUGUGUUUAGUUUUGUGUUCUUCAACGAAUAACGUGAGAAAAGAAUAAUGAAACAAAUCAAACACGAAUUAUUCAUGAAGCCAGGAACAUUUUACUCUCCAAGACUGAAGAACAUUUGAUAACAGUUUACUAGGACAUAUUAUCCUAAUAAUCUUCGAUUAAAGAACGUCAAGUCAUUAGUUGUUUAAUGAUUCUUUACUUAGUGUAAUGAAUUAAGAUUAACGCGUUUCUUUGUACACUGAUGAAAAAUGAUUGGUGCUUCCAAUGUUAGAUAUCAAUCAUUAAAGAAAUACUCUGUUCACUUUUGAUCAUUAUAAAAAUGAAGAAAUUGUUAUUUUGAAUCUAACAAAAGAAAGUCUCGUGACGAAUCCAUAAGGAUAAUUGUUUGCUACCAUUUUUCAUAAAGUCAUACAUCUAUUUCGUAACUGUCCAUUAUGUGCUAAUACUUUUAAAAGAAUCAUUGUGUAGAUCACGUUCGAGAAGUAAUGUUUCUUAUGCAAUUACGACUUUGUGUAUUGUAUGAACAUGUUCGACAUUGUAUGUGAAUGAAAACAAAAGAGAUAUAAAUAUGUCUGUACCUUUAAGCAUAAGCAUAACGUAACUUGUACUAUUUUACACGGUUGGUUAGGAAGACAAUGUGAAUUUCAAUACUCUAAAAUAAGAAAAUGUACUGUCAUGAAAUGUUGGACGUGUCUGUGAAUUCCAAAUUGCGAUAUUUUAUCGAUGAAAGUGACGCAAGUGUGUUCUUUUUCUAAAGUAAAAAUUUAUUUUUCUCAUUUGUGUUUAUUGUCAUUUAAUUGUAUUUAUCUAUUGUGCAAUCAGUACCUAUCAAAAGUAACUGUCAAACAAUGCAUGACAGUAAAUGAGUGAGAUAGUAAAAAAUGUGCAUAAUUCGACAUUGCUAAGGGUACUCUCACUAGUCAACAAAAAUGAAGUCACUAUUCUUUAGUAAUCAAUUGUACAAUUUAAUUUACAAUUAACAGUCAAUUGUUCCAAGUGAUCAACAAGUUUCUUUUUCGUGUGAGUACUCUCAAUAGUGUGUGACACAUGCACAAUGCACACAAUUAUAAUAUUACUACAUUAUAUAUAUAUAUAUACACACACACACAUCUUUUUUAUCGCCGCCCCGAGUAAUCUGAAAAAGGCUACAAAUGUAAAUAUGAUUUUUUUUUAUCAGAAGACUUAAAAAAUAACUGAGUACAGUAAUAAAUGUCUUUAAUCGAGACAAUAUUCUGGGAAAUCUAAAAUGCUGACUCAAUUUUUGUGAUAACCAUAGGGCACAAGCUAUCUGCUACUUCAAUGAUUGUUUUGCUGAUUAUUGAAGAAAAAAUUUAGUUACACUAGCAAAUACUCAAUUGUCGUAAGAAAAAUUUAAUUUUUACUUGAAUAAAAAACAGGGUACUGUCAUGCAAGAAAAAAAGAAGAAGCAAUGGAAAAUUAUAUAACAUUCUCUUCUAAGUAAAAAAUUAAUUGAAUUGAAAUUUUAAGUUACAGAAAGCAGAUUAAUAUUACUUGAAGUUAUAAAAACAAUAUUGUAUAUCUGGCAUGUACACUGCUGAGUAAUUUUUAAAGACACCAGUGAUGUAUUUUUAAUAUAAAUCUCCUGAUAAGUAGUUUCAUUUGUGAAAGCAGAUUUUUCUGACAAGAUAAGUUCCUUUUAAUGCUCUUGCCUUUUUUCUUUAUUCGUCGGGGCUGUGCAAUCCGGUGUAAUGAUUGCUCGUAAAUAAUAAUGUGUAUUCUGUGCCUUAUUGUCUUUAUCUUCAAUGCGUAUAUGCGUAUGCGUGUGCGUUUGAAAGCAGUGUGUUGGACUUGAAAGCACCCAAAAAUGCCCAUUCAAUUGUAAAUAGUUAAUUAUAAUAAUAAAAAUGUUUCCAAGGUGCAAUGUAUCUUUGAAGAAUUCCUCAUAUAAAUUAUUAAUACUAACAGAUACCAAUUCUAAUAAUUUAUGGCACUUUAAGACACAUUUUAUUAUUAUGAUUAACAUAUUAAUCAAUUCUUCAUGUAAACAAGAUUUACCUAUAAUACGCUUUUUAUAAUAAGAAAAAAUGAAAGAAAAAUUUCUCUCCUCUAAUAUCAUUUAGUUUCUUCUUAUUAUAAUUAGGUUUUAAUACGUGUAAUUCAUCUCUAUUGAAUUUAUUUUUCUCUGCUGAGCACUUUAUUAUAAAGACAAAGUGCAAGAUUGCAAAAAAAAAUUAUAAAAUCAUGGAAGAAAUAAAUAAAAUUAUUAUAUAUUAUAAUUGUACGUAUUGUAAAUAUUAAUAGCCAACAGUAUAUAUAUUUUCUGUGUUACGCUGUAAAUUUUCACAGAUGUUGAAACAAGAACUUUUCCAAAUUUGUUACAAAUACUACAUGAAAGUUUCCUCUUGAUAAUAUUGUAUAAAAUACAAUGAAAUAAUCAAACGAAAAAACAAUAAUGAUACUUAGUAUAAAUUUUAGAAUUCAAUACUAUUAUUUUCAAAAAUAUACAUAUGUCUUUUAUAAACUUUAAAUAUUCUGUGUGUUUAAUACAAACAAAAAUUAUACGUAUUGUUAGUUAAAACACUUUGUGUUAGAUUGUAUAAAAAAUAUAUAUAUAUAUAUAUAUAAAAAUGAUCCAGCAUAUUGUACAAAACAAUAAUCUAUUAUAGAAAUGACAUCUGAAAGAUACUCUUGAAGAAACAAGUGAUGCUUGAAACAGAAAAGAAAGUAUUUGUUGUUAAUAUAAGUUAAAUUAAUAUCGAACAUGUAUAUUAAUUAAUUAAAUGUUUCUCUGUACUAGAAAGUGUUCGAGAAACAUUGUAUCUUUGAACAUAUGUAUAUUAUACUUGUACAAGCACAUAAAAGAAAAUCUGACUUGACUUUUUGUUUUUGUACAUAUGUAUGUAAAAUUGUAUUUUUCCAAAUAACAGGCUAGAAAUAUAAAUAUUAUUUGAAUAAG